ACACACGGGGGCGAGAGAGGGCGCGUGGAGGAAGUCGCGGAGCGACCUAAACGCCGUGAAGAAGAGAUGACCGGGUGUAAACAUGGCGGCUUCCUUGGACGAAGACGAGCUCGGCAGUGAUGAUUACUAUUCCCUGCUCAAUGUCAGACGAGAGGCCACGCAGGACGAGCUGAAGGCGGCGUACCGGCGGCUAUGCAUGCUUUAUCAUCCGGACAAACACCGGGACCCUGAGCUGAAGAGACAAGCAGAACAUCUGUUCAACCUCGUGCACGAAGCUUAUGAAGUGCUCAGGGAUCCACAGUCUCGGGCCAUCUAUGACAUCUAUGGCAAGCGAGGACUUGAUGUUGAAGGAUGGGAGGUGGUGGAGAGGAAACGAACCCCCGCUGAGAUCCGAGAGGAGUACGAGCGUCUGCAGACGGAGCGAGAGGAGAGGAGGCUGCAGCAGAGGACCAACCCAAAGGGAACCAUCAGCGUGGGCAUCGAUGCCACGGACCUCUUCGACAGAUACGAGGAGGACUAUGAGGACGCCGUCGGAGGAGGAGGGGGCGGAGUCCCGCACGUUGAAAUCAACAAAAUGCACAUAUCACAAUCUAUAGAGGCUCCUCUCACUACAAAAGACACAGCCAUUUUGUCUGGCUCCUUGUCAACGCACAAUGGAAACGGUGGUGGCAACAUUAACUUGGCCUUGAGAAGAGUCACCUCGGCGAAGGGUUGGGGAGAGGUGGAGUUAGGUGCUGGAGACACUCACGGACCUCUAUUAGGGAUGAAGAUAUUCCGAAACUUGACGCCGCGAUUCUUCGUGACGGCUCAGUGUGGCCUCCAGUUCUCGUCCCGAGGCGUGCGUCCUGGGGUCACCACCGUUUUCGCCCGUCACCUGGACAAGAACACGAUGGGUUAUCUACAGUGGCGAUGGGGGAUCCAGUCGUCGAUGAACACCAGCGUCGUCCGUGACACCAAGAGCAGCCAUUUCACCUUCGCGGCGCAGCUUGGCGUUCCUCACACUUUCAUAAUGAUGAGCUACCAGUACAAGUUCCAAGACGAGGAUCAGACAAAGAUCAAGGGCUCAGUGAAAUCCGGGUUCUUUGGGACGGUGGUGGAGUACGGUGCUGAGAGGAAGAUCAGUCGACACAGUGUCCUGGGCGCCACCGUCAGCGUGGGCGUCCCCCAGGGCGUCUCCCUCAAGAUCAAACUGAACCGAGCCAGUCAGACGUAUUUCUUCCCCAUCCACUUGACCGACCAGCUCCUGCCCAGCGCCGUGUUCUACGCCACAGUCGGACCUCUGGUUUUCUACCUCGCCAUCCAGCAGCUGGUCAUCAGGCCCUACCUGCGGGCGCAGAAGGAACAAGACCUGGAGAAGCAGCAGGAGAGCUCGGCCUCGAACAUCGCCAGGAAGAAACAGGAGGCGGAGUCGGCCGUUCUGCUCAUGCAGGAGUCUGUGCGCAGGAUUAUUGAAGCUGAGGAGUCCAGAAUGGGCCUCAUCGUCCUCAACGCCUGGUACGGUAAGUUUGUGACGGACAACAGCAGAAGACACGAGCGGGCGAAGGUGAUCGACGUGACGGUGCCGCUGCAGUGUCUGGUGAAAGACUCCAAACUCAUCCUCACCGAGGCCACGAAGUCUGGACUCCCUGGAUUCUACGACCCCUGCGUGGGGGAGGACAAGAGCCUGAAGGUGCUGUAUCAGUUCCGUGGAGUCAUGCACCAGGUCCUGUCGGGAGACUCGGAGCCGCUCAGGAUACCAAAGCAAUCUCACAGGAUCGACGCCGACACAUAGGAGCGUCUCCGCCGACCAAGAGAAAAAAAGAUUUGACCCUCAGGCGUUUGUCGGGAAGACGGAUGAACCUGUUUUAGAUACGACAUGGAUUCAAGUGUUACUCAGACAACUACUUUUUUUUUUUGGUCUUUAUAUUCAUUUAAAUAUGCAGAGCGGAGUCGCAGACGGGGCUGAUCAUAAUUCAGUCUCCGCAGGCAGCAGACUCGUGGCCUGCUUGAAAUUCUAACGUGACACCGAAAAAUCAAUGGCUGCCCUCCAACUUCCCGGGCCGGGUCCUCCAGCCUCCUCGGUGACCGUUUUUUUGGGGGGGGGGGGGUAUGGCUUGUAAUAUAUGAUCAAGUUCUGUGUACUGUAUUGUACAUAAAACUGCAGUGCCUGUGUGAUUGAAGACAUGAAUGCACCUCUGUUUAUUUUGCCAUAUUAUAAAAAAAAAAAUGUCUCAUGUUGUUUGACAUUUUGGUGCUUUAAAAAAACUGAACAUUUUUGCAAAAAAGUGUGUAUGAGGAAAUAUGUACUGUAUGUACAGUAGGUCCUCAAAGAAAACUUCACCUCAGUGUGCAUCAACUGGAAGCAUGACAAGACCAAGAAUAGUUUUCCAAUGAAAAAUGCAACAUCAUAAGUGGAACAUGCAAAUAGACUUCCGGACAACACAUCAUGUUCUUCCUGAUGAAUUGUGUUUAUUCCUUAAAGAGCCCAUAUUGUCAAAA